AUGUCUAGUUUGGACAGGCCUUCCGGAGAGGGGGACGUGCGUCAGCUGUUGAAGCUAUACCGAACAGAGAUCGCUAUGGCCGUCAAUGACGUUUUUCCAUUGCUCCAUGGGCUGGCUGAUCACGAUGUCAUCACAGAAGACAAGUUCAAGGAGACCCUGAGUCUGAAGGAAAAGGAAGGCUGUCACAAGGCCUUCCAUGCCCUACUCACCUGGCUGCUGAGCCGGGAUUCAUCUUCCAUUCAGGACUUUUGGAGAAUCCUCUUCAAGGACUACAAUCUGGAAAGAUACGCCAGACUGCAGCCCAUUCACAGCAGCUUUCCCAAGAAUAUAGACCUCAGCAGACACCGGAAGGGAAAGAAAGUUCCCGUCAGCCUGAAGACUUUGACACUGUCUAGGCCCCAAGGGAAGAGGAAAGCCCCUGAAGAAAGGGGUUCCCCUCAGCUCCCACCCCUUACCGUGAAAUGUACCUCCAACCCAGGGUCCCUGUCAAAGGCAAAAUCAGCGAAGAAGCCUGAGAAUUCAGAAACCCAGCGCUUCCCUCUUUUGAAUGGAAUUCAGACCGUGUCUGCCUCGGUCCAGAGAGCUGUCACUGUGUCUUCAAGCGAUCUGCCAGGGACCUGCGGGGCAGUGGAAGGAAUUCUCAUUAAACAAGUGUUUGAGUCAGGGAACUCUAAGAAGUGCAUCAAAGUUGGGGGAGAGUUCUACACGCCGGGCAAAUUUGAAGAUACUGGAGGGAAGAGCAAAAACCGCAGCCCGAAGCCAUCUGUCCGACCCAAAGCAUCCCAAGUUUCCCAACCUAAUGGAGGAGAACAGAGACUAAGCCAGCAAAGCAGAUCUGCCUUUACCCCUGUUCACUCUACAGAUCAAUCCCUCCAUCAGAAGAACGACGACGAGUGCGCAGUCUGCAGGGACGGGGGUGAGCUGAUCUGCUGCGAUGGCUGCCCCAGGGCGUUCCAUCUGACCUGCCUGGUCCCUCCGCUGACCGAAAUUCCCAGUGGAACCUGGAGGUGUGUCAGGUGUGUUGAAGGGAAGACUGAACCUGAUGGUUGCCAAGGAGAGGAGAGGAUCAGGAAAGACUCUCACUCACAGACUCAGUGCUUUCAACCUGCCCAAAAGAGGGGCAAAAGGAUGAAGGGAAAACCCGGGGGAGCGUUUGUGUUUUCAUCAGCAGCAAAGCAUGGCCCUCUUGGACUUUCUAAACAGGUGCUACCCGGGCUGAGGAAGUUGGGAGAGCGAGAAAAGACCGUCACCAAAGAGCCCACCCCAAGUUCAGAUGCUACUUUCGUCUUCAAACACCCUCUCCCCAAUGCUCCUACCCCUUCACCUCUGCUGGUCAUCGCUCCAACAGUCCUGCAUCCUCCGGAAAGUACAGGCCUGGAGAGGCACCAGUGGGAGACGAGCAGGUCAAGACCCAUUUCUCCUGAGCAGAAACUCAGUGAGGAAGAGAGAUGUGGGAUCUGCCGAGGAGGAGGAGGAGGCUUGCUGUACUGCGCCCAGUGUUUCCAGCCCUUCCAUCGGCACUGCCAUUUCUCCUCCAGCGCCGACCGGACUGGUGGAAUCGUGAAGUGCAAAUUCUGCUCCGAAAGGCUCGACCCUGUGCCUCUGGAGGGACUGCUGUCAUCCAACACCUCUGCCCUGGGAUCAGUGAAGGUGGUUGAAGACUCAAGUGGGAAUGAGCCAGUGCUGAAUAAAGAAGAACUGGACUCUCUCCUGAAUGAGAAUUCAUUCGACGGCAUCCUACAGUGGGCAUUUCAGAACAUGUCCCGUCCCCUCUCCGAAGCCCAGAAUUUUUUCUCCUGA